AUGCCCGACAUACCCAGUGACGAAGAAGACUCGAGAAACGCCUCCCUAGCCGCCCAGCGCAACCGCGGAUCCGCAAGCGCAAGCGCUAGUAACCCUUCCUCCAGACACGCCUCGCGCGAGCCGCCCAGCAAGCGACGACGACGUGGUCGAGGCAAACAGGAUGUCGACGUGCAGGAUUUUGUCCCGAAAGGCGCGACAUUCAGUGCGACUUCAUUAGAGAUCGAUCCGGAGAGUGAGAGUACGUCGGCCUCAGAAUCUGAAUCUUCAUCUGGAAGUGAAAGCGAAAGUGAGAGCGAAAGUGAGAGCGAGAGUGAGAGCGGAAGUGACAGCGAGAAAGAAAUUGAGCCUGAAAUCGAAUCACGCGGUGGUGGACUGAGCGCGCCUGCGCCGAAUUGGAAUAAAACGGGGAAAAGCGUGAUCAGGACGUCUUUGCAUGGUCGGCAAGCUGCCAACGCGAACCUGAACGGAAAUGGAAAAAAUGAUGCUGAGUCAGAGUCUGCUGCGGCAAAGAAAUUCGAAGCUGUGAAUGGGAUGUAUUGGCGAAGUCGAAGCUCGUCUGCUUCACCAGGCUGGAAGGAAAGAAAAACGGUAGAAGAAGGAAAGAGUGAAACGGCGGUAACUGAUGAUAACGAUGUUCAGAUAGAGGAUGGAGAGGUGAACGGGGUCCAGGAGGUCUCUGCAGACUCUCAGUCAGACGACUCCGGUUCCUUGGACUCGGAAGCGGACGAUUCCAUCAUGCUGAACAUUGGCUCCCGGGGCCAGAACCGCAGCCAACACGACGUAAUUCAGAUUUCGGAUGACGAUAGCGACAGCGAGGGUGACGGCUAUGAUCCUGAGUCUUUAUCGGUUUCGCAGACGCCUGCUACGGUUAACAUCCUUGAUGGCUCUAAUGGAGACGGGGUAGACGGGGAAUCCAUAGCCGACUCGGAAUCAAAAGAGAGGGCACUUCUCCGCUUCGCGCAGAAAUACCCUACCUCGCCUUCUAUUCUUGCGGAUCUGACCCGCGAGGACAUGGAAUUGCAAGCUAGGAUUAUGUUCUACAACCGCGAUAUCAACGACAUCAACCUCCAGCUCCCUAUUACGUGUAUGGAAUGUUUGCAGGAAGGCCAUCUCGCUGAGGUCUGUCCUACUAGGGAGUGCGUCCACUGCGGCGCUUGGAACAAACAUCAAAGCAGCCUCUGCCCCAAAUUUCGCCGCUGUCAGCGCUGCCGCGGACGCGGUCACGACGCAAAAGAUUGCCCUUCAGCCCUGAAAAGCUCCGCGUCUGAAAUCCCCUGUGACCUGUGCGGAUCUGCUGAUCAUCUUGAAUAUGACUGCGACUAUCUCUGGAAGUUGCCGAGGCAGGAUACAACCUCCCUCCCGGUCCUGGUCUCCAUAUCCUGUGCGCAUUGCACGAGUAACCGCCAUUUAAUAGGCGACUGUCCGUCUCUCAGCCGUCCUUUCCUCUCGUCAUCUUUCACAGUCCGUGGAAUUGACCCUAAUCUGAUCACGAAUAUCAACUCUGUUGUGAAUCCUAGGCGUGGCGGUGCGGGUGCUUUGAGCGGUCGCCCAGGUCGUCAGCGCGGUAAUGGUCUAAAGAUUCGAGGCCGAGCAGAUCAACAUGCUCAUUCUCCGUCUUCAGACAGCGACGACAUGAUGUCCAUGUCCUUGACACGUGGCGGUCAAGGAAGAAGAGCCGGCGCUGGUGGCAACCGGAGCGGUAACAGGGGAAGUAUCAAUAUUCGAAUUGGUGGAGAUAGAAGUAACGGGGGACCGCCGCCGUCAUCUGCAAGAGAUUACCGGGACCGUGAUGAUCCGUACUUUAGGGGCGGCUUCAAUUCUCGGCAACGCUCUAUGUCUCCUGGGAGGGACAGGGGGAGACCUGGUCGCAGCAGAGGAAGGGGCGGGCAGCAGCCGCCUAGGUCUCCGCCUCGAGGCCAGGGCCGUCCGCCUGGUUUGUCAAACCAGUCUCGUGGUGGUAGAGGUAAUGGUAAAGGAGGUGGUGGACGGGGAGGACGGGGUGGAGGGGGCGGAGAUGCGUACCGGCCCAUGCCGAGUGCCGCCAAGAAGGCCUGGGAUAGAUACCGGCUCUGA